AUGAAGUCAGUGAAGGAAACAGCCGGAAAAGAGGUGCAUUUCGGCCCGCAACGAAAAGCCGAGUUACCAGCAGUUAGCGAGAUUUACAAGGCUUCCCUAAAAGCCGGCCUUGCCCCGCUACAGCUCGCCGAGGCUCAUGAGCUCUUGAUGAAAAUGCCCGAGAAUGAAGAAGACGUCGACUCAGAUAUUGGCUUGGAUCAGCCACAAGCAAGCCAAUGCAAGGCCGUUGUUAUCGCGAUCAUUGUCAUUUGCAUUGUUUUUGCAAGCAUAGCUUUUAGCGCUUUCAUUUCGCUUAGAACAGGAAUCGCGACUAUGUCUUCCACAUCGCCAACUGAAAAUUGCACUGUAGUGUCUGAGAAAAACGAAACUAUUUGCUGA